UACAUUAAGAACGAAAAAAACAAAUGCAAAUAAAUAAAUAAAACCCGCGUGUUUUAUACGGCGCAGAACUAGCGCGGGGAACACAAUGAAUCUUGCAGCCUGGACCAGUAUUUGCAGGGAGGUUUAGCCAGGUUGCUAUAAACAUUUGCAAACACAGCAACAGUACAGUCCGGCAACUUUAACAGCAGUGCAGGAAGGAACCGCGGGUGCUGGACGGUUUACAAGUGUGAUGGUGGUGGCGGCAGCAGGCAGACACUAUGGCUGACACGAUAUUUGGAAGUACAGAAGAUCCGUGGGUUUGUCCCAAUGACAGGCAACUUGCACUUCGAGCAAAGCUCAAAACUGGCUGGUCGGUGCAUACAAAUGAGUCUACCAAACAGCGACAAGAUCAGAUGCUCUCUAAACCUGAGAUUGAAUUGAUCCUGGAUGUGAUCCAGAGAGCCGAGAGGCUGGAGCUGAUCGAACAAAACCGCAUUGGUCGCCUAGUUGAACGCUUAGAAAAUAUGAAGAAGAAUGUGAUUGGAAACGGCCAGUCCCAGUGCUUGUUAUGUGGGGAGUUGCUGGGAUUCAUGGGAUCGACAUCUGUCUUCUGUCAAGACUGCAGGAGGAAAGUCUGCAUAAAGUGUGGAAUAGAAACACUUGGGAACAAGCGGAAACCCGUUUGGCUUUGCAAAAUAUGCAGCGAGGGAAGAGAGAUUUGGAAGAGAUCUGGUGCUUGGUUUUACAAGGGAUUGCCGAAAUACAUCCUACCAUCCAAAGGCUCUGCUGGAAACAGUGAGCUACAUUUACGGCCCCUUCGAUUGGAAACCUUGCAACAUGGGAGAAGUGUCAUUGUCAACCGCUCGUACAGCUGGGCAAGAGGAAGAGUUGUUUCCAGUGACAGUGAAAGUGAGUCUGAUUGCAGUUCAUCGAGUCAAGAUGGUAAAGAUUCCACGAGCAACUCGACAAAUUACAAGGGAAGAAAACAAAAGGAUGAAUUGGGUAGCCAUCAUCUGGCCAGCCCCUCAGUUGCAGAUCCAUCCAACCUCCGUACUGAGCGUGGAAGAGGUUUAAGUGCUGACAAUAAGAUUGGUUUUGGCAAGAAAUCACUAGGUUGACAGUGAGUGGGUACAGGGUCCAGGCAUGCUCCUGGUCUCUAUCAUCCAAGGAUUGCCCAUUUCCCCUUCCCAAGACAUCCGGGCUGGAGCUGUGGAUUCCGGUGCCAUUCAAAUAAAAGACAUACCUAACAAGUCCUAUAGUCCAUAUAUUUUUUUUUUUUUACCAGGCAGUUUUAACUCUGGAAUGUGUAUUGGAUGUUUGGUUGGAUAUGUGGAAAAAUCUGUGCUGUCAUAAUUCGUAGCUUAAUCUCGCAUGUUCCGAUGACUUAUUCUACUAUAUUCAUGAGAUAUCCAAGCUUACACAUUGUUUUCAGACCAUCAUUAAAAGCAAAAGUCCUUGUUGUCGCGAAGGUUUGGCUGCUACCUGUCACUGAGAUCACAAAGACCAUAGGUUUAUGGAAUAGCCAUUGAGUGUCAAAAUGAAUAAUUGGUGGGUGAUUUUGUGCAGAUAAUCAUUUUUGUGACUAAAUGCGAAAUGGGGUUAGUUUUAUAUUCUGUACUUCACUAAGAAGGGAUGGUGGAGGAGCUAAAAUCUAACUUGUGGCUGGAUGGUGUUGUAUUUGUAAUUGUAUUUGUUAGCUUGCAAUACUAUGGUAAUUUAUGGUUGAACCCUAAUGUUCUAAUUGCUCCCUGUUAUGCUCAAAUAAACUAUUUCAUGAUGUGAAGUUGUCGAAAUAAAUGUUUAAAAAGUA